AUGAAUGACAGUACACUUUUGACUCAAUUCCAAAUCCAAACUCUGUUAGUUCAAGAGCGCUACUACAGAGACACCUCGCAAUGGGAAAAACUACGUCAGUGCUGGCAUCCAGACCCCACACAGACAAAUGUGAAAAUUAGCUGGUAUAAUGGAGAUAUUGACGGCUUUGUUUCGGGCUCGCAAGCCAUGGUCAAAGGCGGAACCAAGGCCCUCCACACGGUCACUCCAGUGGAGAUCCAAGUUGUUGGCGAGAAAGCCUUCACGGAGUCUGUCGGUACUAUACAGAUCCGUCUACGUCUAGAUGACAAGGAAUACGAUUGCGUGUCCCACAGUCGAUUUAUUUCCCGCCUUCAAAAGACGGAUCACGGAUGGAAGCUUAUAUCCCUGGUCGUUAUAUACGAUCAAGACUCUCUGGUACCGACGAUGCCCGCUGCCAGCUCUUUGGACCUUGCUUUUGACUUCAAAGGUGUCAGGGACAGUUAUAAAUGUCUAUCCUGGGUGAUGUCCCAGAAAGGGUUUCAGAUUGAUCAAACCCUCCCUGGUACGGAUGACCCUGAUUCGGUUACUAAAUUGAUGGGUGAGGGUCAUGCUUGGCUUUCCAGAUCAGAUAUCUAA